AUGCCAACCGCGAACCUCCGGUACAGGACCAUGGAGAGACUUGCCAAGCUGGCUUUGCCCCCAAAUCAAGAUAAUUUCUGUUUGUGUUUGUUUGGCGCGGGUGCGAUCCCUUUGGAAUCGGGAGGAUCCUUUAACGCUGGUCUCAUUUACGCCAAGAAUGGCGUGCUCGACACCAUCGUCCAAUAUGCUUCCCGGGCCCCCCCCGGGGAGACAACCAGAGAACAGAUGGAACAGGGACCAGCCUCCCUGUUGUCUUCUGGGGGUCGGUCCAGCCGUCUUGUCGUCCAUACGGGGGGUGAGAGAAAGGGUGGUAGAGAUGGUGGUGGUGAUGGUGGACAGAGCUCCCCCAAGAGUGCCAUUAGGAUGUCGAUUUUCCCAUCUCGGGUGUUCGGCAGGACAUCUGGACCACACACGACGUCGACUAUGCUAGACACGGCCUCGCGGACGAACCUGACAGCAGUAACCGACAAACCCGUCUGGCUUUUAAGCUUAAUGAGAGGAGCAUUGACCCGGUAUGCUGGGAAAAUCGAAAAGAGAGAAAAGGCACGAGCAGGAACGCCUGUCCAGUUGCCACCUGCCGUGUCCUCCACCGGUCGAUCCCUGAUCGAUGUGCAAAAGGCUGAAGAGGACGGCAUGAUCACACGGAGAGCCGAUCUCAGCUUUUGA